AUGCUGGCGUCGUCUGACCCCCUUCUGUGUAAAGACUGGGUCGACUUUAAGCUGUGGGACCCGUCACUAUAUAAAGAGGAGUGUCCGCUCAGCCAGACUGCUAAGGACUUGAAAACCAAGGCUCUCGUGCUAGCAUCAAAGUGUAGAGAUCGGGAUACAUUGCAAGAACUUAGCAGGAGCCUGGAGGGUUUGUUGAAUAUUAUGGUUCGUCAUUUUGUGUGGACGUUCCUUUUGGAUAUCCCGUUGCCAAUGCGUGAUACGUUUCUUUAUCAGCUUAACGUUAAUGAUUUACCGGAACAUAGAGACGAGGACCAGGUUGUUUUGGAUACCAGAAGACUGUUUACGGGCGGUGUCGAGCUGCAAAAAUUCCCACUGGCUGGGUGCUCUUUUUCGUUUGUGUAUUCUUUUGCUGAUAUCGAGGAGAUGCGCCGGCGCCUCUUUAGUCUUAUUGUUGGCGUGCUACGGAAGUACCCUGGUCUCCAUUAUUACCAGGGCUACCAUGACAUUGCUAGCAUAAUACUUAUUUUGUCUCAUACCAACCCGCCCGAUAAGGAUCUCGAGGUCUGGGCGCUGGAGUUCUUGGAAUGGAUUACGGUGUUUCACUUGAGAGACUUUAUGCUUCCUAAUAUUGACCUUACGGUGAACCACUUGAAGAUUAUUGCGGCGCUUCUUGAGGAAACCGAUCCGCUUUUGUUUCAAUUGACCUCGGUAUCGAGUCAGUCGUACCAGUGUACCAAUGGCCAGUAUUACGACUAUAAGUUUAUUGAGCCCCUCCUGCUGAUUCUUACCUUGUUCAGCCAUGAUAUUUCCAAUUUAACCUAUCUAUACCAAAUCUGGGACUUCAUUUUUAGCUACAAAUCCGUGUCUGCGAGCUUGUACAUUUAUACCGCAGCUUUGCACCAUUUCAAGAAAGACAUUAUGACCAAUUUGAGCCUUGAAGAAGGCGAUUUGGAUGCGAUGUACAAUAUCGAUCCCGCCGAGGCCCAUAAUGCCUUGAGUGCUUCAAACUUGUUCGCAAAUCUUACUCAGAAAGACGUUCUGCAGAUCUUGAGUAAGGCAAGGCUGUUGAUUGAGCAGCAUCCUUUGCUGGAUCUUUCAAACAGAGAACGCACCUUUGAUUUAUGGUUUGGUCGCUUCAACAAGCAUUCAGUCUUGAUGACUUCCUCAUCUUUAAAUGAUUCCAAACAGGCACCACAACUUUUAGAGCCGCCCGAAUUCGAUAAACUUCUCCAGCUUCAGCAUCAAGAACAACAAGCUGAAACAGCGCAUUCUUCCGAGCUACUUGUCCAUCACAUUGAGCAAAGUACAAUGACGGACUCCUUCACAUCGGCAGAAGAUGAGGUGAUUUCUUCCCAGACAAAUCUGCUUUCAUCGUCUUUGUCCAGUUUGAGUGCCGCCUCGAAUUCCUUGAACAAUACGUUAGUAAACAAGUCUUCGUUAUUUUUCAAGAAGAUAUUCAGCCGCUCUGACGACAACGUUAGUGGUGACGAUAGUACUGUUGCCAAGCGCAAGAAACAAAGAGGAAUUCUUCGUCAUAACAUCUACAAGAUCAGCGUAAGUGUUGGUUUCGUUGGAUUUUUAGUACACUGUUUACUUCGCCAUAGCGAGGUGAGCAUCAGGAACUAUCCAUUAGGUCCAUUGGGACUGCUUAAUUCCAUCGGCUCCUCUGUUGAGUCACUUAUUCCCGAAACAUUGUCCACAGUACGCCAUGGCUUUCGAGAAGUUGCGGGCGGUAUUACCUCGAAGUUCGGCGAAGCGCUCAACGCAGGCAUUGACGUUACCCAACUCGGGAUAGGCACCGUUCGUGAUUCCAUCUAUGUAUUGCGCAGAUAA